AUGAGCUACCAUUCAGGCACCAUUCACACCGUUCGCUUCUCCCCAGGAGGCAAGUUCUUGGCCUCAGGUGCAGAUGACAAGAUUGUGUGCAUCUAUUCCCUCGACCCUAGUCCUCCUGCGCAUGCGACUUUUGGUUCCAACGAGGCUCCCCCCGUCGAAAAUUGGCGCAUCUUUCGAAGACUAAUAGGGCAUGACAAUGAUGUACAAGAUUUGGGCUGGUCUUAUGAUGGAACCAUAUUGGUCUCGGUCGGCUUGGAUUCCAAAGUCGUCGUCUGGUCGGGUUUCACCUUUGAAAAGCUCAAGACUCUCCCGAAUCAUUCCAGCCACGUCAAGGGCAUCACCUUCGACCCUGCCAAUAAAUACUUCGCCACCGCCAGCGAUGAUCGGACUAUUCGCGUCUUUCGAUUCACUUCGCCCACUCAAAAUUAUUCCACUCACGAUGCCGUGAACAAUUUCAUCCUCGAACAGACAAUUGUACAGCCAUUUGUGAACUCGCCUCUCACAACUUAUUUCCGACGAUGCUCCUGGGCCCCUGAUGGACAACAUAUUGCCGCAGCAAAUGCUGUCAAUGGGCCGGUGAGCGCCAUCGCUAUCAUCAAUCGCGGUUCAUGGGACGGUGAUACCACUUUAAUAGGCCAUGAAGGUCCAGUCGAGGUGUGCGCGUUCUCUCCUAGACUCUACGGGCAAGAUCCGUCGAAUCGCCCUCCAGAAGACGGCCAUCAAGCACCACAUACGACAGUGAUUGCUUGCGGAGGAGCAGACAAAACUCUGAGCAUCUGGACAACGAACAGCCCUCGGCCCUUGAUCGUCACUCAAGAUGUUUCCAGCAAACCCAUCUCAGACUUGGCCUGGACCCCAGAUGGGCAGAACCUAUUUCUCACUGCCUUGGACGGCACAAUCUUCACUGUUAUGUUUGAACCUGGUGAGCUCGGCUAUGCUAGGCCUGUCGAGGAGAACGAUCGAUCACUUAGUAGGUUCGGUACGUCGAGGAAAGGUCUAGGGUUUCCAGAAACAACGGAUGCUCUUCUGUUGGAGGAGAUGAGUAAAGCUGGGGAAUUGAAAGGGUUGGAAGGCCGCAUGGGCGCUUUGAUGGGCGACUUGAACGCAUCCCAAGUUACAGGAACCGCUACCUCUGCUGCGCCGACUACAAAUGGGACCACGGCAACAGAGACUCCAGUCAACGGCACGGAGGCCACGACGAAUGGCGUUGCAACAGCAGCAGCAGCAAAAUCACAAGACGAUCAGAAUCAAGCCAAACUUGAGCGACUCAAAAAUAGGGUAGAAAUCACUAAGGAUGGUAAGAAGAGAAUUCGUCCGCUGCUGGUGUCGGGUGCCGGUGGUGCAGAAUCUUCUCUACCCCAAGCAAAAUUGGUCAGUGCAAGCACGAAUGUCCAAACAUUGGAUGCACCACAAUCAGUCCUUGAUUUGUCGAAACCGUUCGAUGGUCUUCCUAAAGGGGGCCUCGCUGCACUCCUCCUAGGAAACAAGAGGAAGUACGCCCAGAUUGAGGGCGAAGAGGAGGGUACGGCUGAGAAGAGGGUGGUUGCUGCCAGUCAGAAAGGAGCUACACCCAUCGUUGUUAACGGCGCCGAUGGACUGUUGCCUGCUCAACCUCAACCGGCAGUCAAUGGUCAACAAGUGACUCCUGAGUUUAUUCGUCCAGCUGUCAUCAAUCCUGUAUUGAGUAUCAGUCAGUUGAGACUGGCAGUGCCUCGGAUCAGAGCACAUAUCGUUCAAGGGAUUGAUUCAUCUGGAAAGCCUGGCGACGUCUCAGCUGAUGCUGUGAGCAAAUCGCGGGCCGAGUUUGUAUUUGAAGCUCGAAAUCCUUCUGGUCCGUCUUUGACUCAGAGAGCCCAGGAUCGAGAGCCUUGUCGGAUCACGCUGACGAGAAAAGAUCAGCCUCUGUGGCAAGACUUUCUUCCGCGAGCGGUUCUUCUGGUCACUGGCACUCAAUCCUUUUGGGCAGCUGCUGAUGAAACUGGAUCAAUAUACAUGUGGACUCCCUACGGCCGGCGACUCAACAGUGCCAUAGUCAUGGAAGCACAGCCUGUCAUAUUGGCUUCGUACGGAUCUUGGCUUCUAUGUAUAACAGCGGUGGGCAUGUGUUAUGUUUGGAACGUCAAAACCAUGUCUUCACCGCAUCCACCAGUUUCGUUGGCUCCUGUCUUGGAUGCAGCGAUUCAUUCUUUGGCGGCCCAUCCCACUGGUGCACCAGCUAUUACGCAAGCUCGUCUCAAUUCCGAGGGGCGGAUUAUUCUCAGCUUGUCAAAUGGUGAAGGAUAUGCAUACUCCCCACAGAUGUACUGCUGGCAGAGAUUGUCUGAGGUCUGGUGGGCAGUUGGUAGCCAGUAUUGGAACACCACUGACACAUCCGUGGGUGCAAUUCAGCGGUCCAAUGCACAAACCAGUAACGAAAAGACGGUGGAUUUGUCCUCCGGAGUUAUCCCGUGGUUGGAAAGGAAUACCACGUCGGAAACACUACUGCGUGGUCGGGCAUACUUCUUGCAGAGGCUCAUCAAGGUCUUACUAUCACGGGAAGGAUUUGAGAGUUUCGAGUCUGGGGUGUCUAUUGCACAUCUUGAAAACCGAAUUGCAGCUGCUCUGAUGCUUGGGGCCAAAGAUGAGUUUAGGAUCUACACUUUGAUGUAUGCGAAACGACUUGGCGCAGAAGGAUUGAGGUUGAAAGUUGAAGAGCUGCUACGCACACUUGUCGGUGGGAUCGUGGAACAACCUCAGCAGGAGCAAAAUAUUGCCGCCAACAUCAACAUGGUGGAAGGCCGUAAUUGGCAAGAAGACUCCAAGACCAUCUGCGGAUGGCCUCGAGAGGAUCUCCUGAAGGAUGUUGUCCUCCUUCUCGGAAAACAUCGCGACCUGCAACGAAUUACGGUUCCUUUUGCCAAAAUGCUUGGUCUUGUUAACGACGCGGCGGCGAUGGAUGGAGAAGCUAUGGUCUUGUAG